CCUCAAAGCCGCCAUUGUCGCCCCCUCGCCCGCCUGUCUAGGACCUAAAAUAGAGCAGGAGAACGGCAGAUCUCCGUGAGAAGCAUUUCUGGCAAAGAGGUCUGGGAGGAGGGGGUGUGAAUCACCACUGGGAACACCUGAGUUUGAAGCUCCCAAAGCCCAGCUGUCCCAGCCCCAUCCCCAGGGAGCCUGAAUCCACUGGCAAGCCGAGGAGUGGGGUUCCUCAGUCCUACUCCUGUCCAACUGUGGGGAGGGGACUGCAUUCUGGCCCCAGCUCUGCCACGGAGGUGCUGGAUGACUGGGCCAAAUCUGCCCCCUCAGGGCCUGUUUCCCAGACUUCAUGUGCUGUGAGGCCCCUGGAAUUCACAGCAGGUGGUUCUGAUAUAGGCCUCAGGGUCAGACAGACAUGGGAUGAGGUCCCAAUUCUUUUCCUAUUGGCUGAGUGAGCUUGAGCAAGUCCCCCGACCUCCUGGAGCCUCAGUUUCCUCAUCUGAAAAAUGGACAUUGAAACCAAGUCCUGUUCUUUCUGGGUUUCAGCUGAACUAUCCAACAAGGAUCUUGACAGCUCCUGAGGCCUCCCUCCGUGUGCUCCAAUGGCACACUCUGUGCUGCCAGGAAUGUUAACAGUGACCCCACUUUUUAAUGUCCUGUGCUUUGCAUACUGCCUCUGGCUCUCCACAUCCUGGAGGGCUGAUAUGAAUAUCGUUUCCAGCCCUCUCCAUGGGAGAUCUUCAGCCUCAGUACUGUCCACUCCUGGAGGAAAGGGGUCUUGGAUCCCGACUGGGCCCUCAUGGGCACCUACCUUGUGUCAUGCCUGGAACCCUGGGGGGCAAGGAUGAGCCUCCCCUUUGUGCAGAUGGGGAAACGAUCGAUUGUCUCAAACUGUGCACCAGUUCGGUGCAGCUGCAGAGGCAGGCGCGGUUGUGUGGGGCUGGCGUGCCCUCUAGCGGCCACCGUGCGCCACACUCCGCCCCGCGGCUAGAGCUGCCCAAGGUCCGACUGGCAGCCGUCGACUGGCAGGGAAGUCCCUUCUUGGAGCCAUCCGCGGUCCAGCGUGCUGCUGCCCCACCUCACCCGGGCUGACAACAGUCUCUCCCAGGCUCUCUCCACUCAUGGUUUCCCAGAGACCCCACAGCGGCUGGUCGCCCCGCCCCGAUUGCCAUGGAGACCGCUUAUACACAGUUUCCCCCUUCCCCUCCACCUUGUCCUAAGUAGGGCCGGCAGGCCGCCGGGGCGGGCGGCCACGGCCCCAUGAACAGCAGGGCCCCAGGGACGCUGGCCGUGGAGAGAGUGAAAUUCUUCGGCCAGCACCGCGGGGAGGUCAACUCUUCUGCCUUCUCUCCCGAUGGCCAGAAGCUGCUCACAGCCUCCGAGGAUGGCUGUGUAUAUGGAUGGGAGACCCAGAGUGGGCGGCUGCUGUGGAGACACAUGGGUUGGACUGCCCCCGUGAGGUUCUGCCGCUUCUCCCCCGAUGGCUGCCUCUUUGCCAGCACCUCCUGUGACUGCACCAUCCGCCUGUGGAAUGUAGCAGAAGCCAAGUGUCUGCAGGUCCUACAGGGUGAGUGGGCUGGGUGGGACUGGGAGCCAAGCAGCCAGGCCUGGUUUCCCUUUCGGACCCUGCUGUGUCCUGUGCCACCUCGCCCCUGCCUCGCCCCCUGGCCGGUGCCUGCCGGUCACCAGCGAAGUGUGGAGACCAUCAGCUUCAGCCCUGACUCAAAGCAACUGGCAUCAGGCGGCUGGGACAAGAGGGUGAUGCUCUGGGAGGUGCAGUCAGGCCAGGUGCUGCGCCACUUGGUGGGACACCGAGAUGUCCCAAGCAGUGACUUCGCACCCAGCUCAGACUGCUUGGCCACAGGCUCUUGGAAUUCCACCAUCCGCAUGUGGGACCUUCGGGCAGGGACUCCAGUGAUCUUCCACCAGGAGCUGGAGGGCCACAGUGGCAACGUCAGCUGCCUGUGCUACUCAGCAUCUGGCCUAUUGGUGUCCGGCUCCUGGGACAAGACUAUCCACAUCUGGAAGCCCUCAACCGGAAGCCUGCCUGUCCAGCUUAAGGGCCACAUCACCUGGGUGAAGAGCAGAGCUUUCUCCCCUGAUGGGCUGCAGGUGGCCAGCACUGGCUACUCCCACAUGGUCAAAGUCUGGGACUACAAUACAGGAAAGAGCAUUGAGACCCUGAAGGGAGUCCUGGAUGUGGCCCACGCCUGUGCCUUUACCCCAGAUGGGAAACUCUUAGUGUCUGGAGCUGCUUAGGCAAAAUUCCAAGUUCACUGCAAAUCACCCAGAGCUGCUCAAACAGAACAUCACUACCUAUGGCUCUGAAGACCUUCCAUCCCUGCUUCUCCCUGCCCAGGGGGCACAGGACCAAAGCAACCAUAAGAGAGUGCCCAACAGGCCCCUGUGGCCAGGGCUGCCAUGGCCCCCCACCAGGGCCAACAGCAGCAGCAGGCCAGCCUGCU